AUGUGGCAGACAACCGAUGCAUCGACGAAGCACAUCAUACGGUGCCUCCACAUCGCCCUCUUCGUCUGCAAGUCAGACGCUCCCAUCGCGAUGUUCGUGCCGCUCUGCUGGUUUCUCGCUAAGGAGGGCUUACCUGACCUCCCACCGGCUGGCGGCUACGGCGCAUACUAUACCGAGGAGGCGCUCGCUGCCCGUGAUGCCGCGGAUGCAGUCCCGGAGUUACGCAUGGUUGACGACGUGGUGCGUGCCUUCGCCGAGCACAUCGGACGCAGCAGCGUGCAUUACCAGAAGUUUCACAACCUCCAGCACAUUUUCUGCCAGACGAACUUGGAGGCGCAGGGCAUUCACGACGUCCGCUGGCUGUCGCGGGGUGAGGCGGUGAACCGGCUGCUCGAAGUACUCCCUGCAGCAGUCGUGGUGCUGAAGGAGUACAAGGCGGAGCUGUACGAGGUAGUCACCUCGUUUAGAUUCCAGUGGCUGAUUCGGUUCCUAGCAGACGUCUUGUGGGAACUCAACCACCUCAACCAGCGGUUUCAACAACGCCAGAUCGACGUCACCCUUGUGGCGCACAUCGUGCAGCAAACCAGGCUUCGCCUGAAAACCCGCUACUCAUUGAGGGACGCUGCAGGCCAUUUCGGAGCCGGGGAGAAAAUGCAACUGCCGGAGUUUAUCAAGAACCACCAGUCACUGGAGAAGAGGGAGAUGAAGGCGGAAGGAGUUGACGCUGACGGCACGCCCGUCUCCUUUGUCUACACCAUGCACGAGCGGCCCCUCCCUGACCACGAGACGGAUGGAGACGUGACAGCGUGCGUCGAGUUGUCGGUGAAGUUUGUACAAGAGCUCGAGUGGCGCAUGCGCGACCUGCACCUGCUCGAAGGUUCGAAGCUGUUUCGCACAGCAUCGUACCUUCCUGAUGAUGCUAAGCGAGUGGAGGCAUUCAGGAAGUGGCUGGGCCAGCUUCACAAGCUGUACGGCAACAAACUGCCUGGUGAGUUUGUACGUGUACUGGGUUUCAACGUGCAGCUUCGUGUGCCUAGUGUCUUUCUUUCUGUGCCUCCUGCACUCAACAGAGAUUGGGCAGCCGGAGUUAUAUUGUUGGACAAAUGCCCCCCCUUCCCUCCCGAGUCUGCGUGCUUAGCCCAACUAUCCCACUUUCCCCCAUCAUAA